GCAUCCUCCAAAGAAAACGCGGAUGACGUGCGAACGGCCGAGGCCCAGUGGCUGCAAAAGACGGCUGCGGAGAUCAAGCAAUUCGGAGUGGAUGAGGCGCUUUGCGAUGUCUCUUGCUUGAGCUUCCAGUCUGCCAUCAUGGAUGGCAGUCCUCAAGUCGCUGAGACUUUGCACGAGCAAGAAGUGGAUGGUGAAGAUGUCUUGGACCUGACCUAUCAGCGGCUGGUAGCUGAGCCCUACAAAAUUGCUGCCGGCCCUGCCGGAAAACUGGCCAAGCGCAUCGCUGCCCUGUCUUGCCCGUCAAUGGCCGCGAGCGGAUUCCAG